GGCGACCAGAACAGCCAAUCACGAAAAUAACAAAAGACUUGUCUGAAAAUAAACAGAAAACUCGGAUCUGUGAGAGAGGCUCGAAAGUUCGUUCCCGAGACAUCGGAAGAAGUAAGUAAGAACCGUAGAGAAGAGUAAGUGAAAGGAUGGAGCGAGAGGGGGAGGAGGAGAAAAAGAAAGAGGGAUCGUAUAGGUAUUGGGUGAGAGAAGCCACCUCAGACGCAGCUCCUCCUCCUCUUCCUCAGAAGCUCACUACCAACGACGUCGUAGCUCCCAAUGCUCCUGCUCUCGGCUCCCUCUGGAAUCAGGCUGGCACUUGGGAGGAGAAAAAUCUCACUAAAUGGGCCACUGAUCGAUUAAAGGAGCUGUUGGGAUCAGUGGGUUCUUUGCAGUUUUCUUCUGGUAAAGCUGAGAUUGUUGAUGUGAACAGAUGUGUUGGAGAUGCUUUCUUGGUGAUAGUUCGGAACAAGAAAAGAGUUGGCUAUACUUAUGAGCUUUCCCUCAAAGUCCAAGGAGAGUGGUCUUUUGAAGAGGACACGAAGCAGGUGAAGGGGAGUCUGGACAUUGCUGAGUUCUCAUUUGGGGAGCUUGAUGAUCUUGAGGUGAAUGUGAAGCUUAGCGAUGACAAAGAGCUUUCCCAGCAACUGAAACAGCUGAUUAGGCUGGAUAUGAAGCAGUUUUUGGAGCCUAUACGCUUGAAACUCAAGCAGUUCGAGCAGGAACUCAAAGAUCGAUAGUGUGACUUGUUGUUCUCAUUGUCUUCUUUUUAUUUCAUAUCAGCCAUUCACAGUUAGCUAGUAUCGAGAACUUGGUUAAACAUAUUGUGGCAUCUUAGCUCUUAGCAGUUCUUUUUUUGUUUUGUAUUCAUGCUACAUCUGUUUGCCAACACAUCUCCUUUGAUAGUCAAAGUUCAGUUCAUCAAUCA